AUGGGCGACGCAGCGCUGGCCGAGUUCGGGGCAGCUGCCCCUUUCCUGCGCAAGUCAGAGCAAGAGCGGCUAGAGGCACAGACACGGCCCUUCGACCUGCGUGCUGACUGCUUCGUCCCUGAUGAGCGCCAUGAGUUCGUGCGGGGCCGCGUGGUGUCCCGUGAUGGUGCCACAGUCACUGUCCAGACCGAACACGGCCAGACUGUGACUGUGAAGGAGACCGAUGUCCACCAACAGAACCCGCCCAAAUUUGACAAGAUUGAGGACAUGGCUAUGCUCACGUUCCUGCAUGAGCCUGCCGUCCUCUACAACCUCAAGGAACGUUAUGCAGCCUGGAUGAUCUAUACCUACUCGGGGCUGUUCUGUGUCACGGUGAAUCCCUACAAGUGGUUACCCGUGUACAACUCUGAGGUGGUGGCUGCCUACCGGGGUAAGAAACGCAGCGAGGCCCCGCCCCACAUCUUCUCCAUCUCUGACAACGCCUACCAGAAUAUGCUCACGGAUCGGGAGAACCAGUCCAUCCUCAUCACCGGUGAAUCUGGGGCAGGCAAGACRGUGAACACCAAGCGUGUCAUCCAAUACUUUGCCAGCAUCGCUGCCAUUGGCGACCGCAAGAAGGAGGCAGCCAAUAGCAGCAAGGGCACCCUGGAAGACCAGAUCAUCCAGGCCAACCCAGCCCUGGAGGCCUUUGGCAACGCUAAGACCGUGCGCAAUGACAAUUCAUCCCGCUUUGGCAAGUUCAUCCGCAUUCACUUUGGGGCCACCGGGAAGCUGGCAUCAGCUGACAUUGAGACCUACCUCCUGGAGAAGUCCCGUGUCAUCUUCCAGCUCAAGGCUGAGAGGAACUACCAUAUCUUCUACCAGAUCCUCUCCAACAAGAAGCCUGAGCUGCUAGAGACAUUGCUUAUCACCAACAACCCCUACGACUACAGCUACGUCUCCCAAGGGGAGGUGACCGUGGCCUCCAUUGACGACUCAGAGGAGCUCAUGGCCACCGAUAGUGCUUUCGACGUGCUGGGCUUCACAGCAGAGGAGAAGGCUGGUGUCUACAAGCUGACAGGUGCCAUCAUGCACUUUGGCAACAUGAAAUUCAAGCAGAAGCAGCGGGAGGAGCAGGCGGAGCCUGAUGGAACUGAAGAUGCAGACAAGUCAGCCUACCUGAUGGGUCUCAACUCGGCGGAUCUCCUCAAGGGGCUCUGUCACCCACGGGUCAAGGUGGGCAACGAGUACGUCACCAAGGGACAAAAUGUCCAGCAGGUGUACUACUCCAUCGGGGCCCUGGCAAAGGCAGUCUAUGAGAAGAUGUUCAACUGGAUGGUGGUGAGGAUCAACAAUUCGCUGGAAACCAAGCAACCCCGGCAGUACUUCAUCGGUGUGCUGGACAUCGCCGGCUUCGAAAUCUUUGAUUUCAACAGCUUUGAGCAGCUCUGCAUCAACUUCACCAAUGAGAAGCUGCAGCAAUUCUUCAACCACCACAUGUUCGUGUUGGAGCAAGAAGAGUACAAGAAGGAGGGUAUCGAGUGGGAGUUCAUUGACUUUGGCAUGGACCUCCAGGCCUGCAUUGACCUCAUCGAGAAGCCUAUGGGCAUUAUGUCCAUCUUGGAGGAGGAGUGCAUGUUCCCCAAGGCCUCAGACAUGACCUUCAAGGCAAAGCUGUAUGACAACCAUCUGGGCAAGUCGGCCAACUUUGGCAAGCCCCGCAAUGUGAAGGGCAAGCCCGAGGCCCACUUCUCUCUGGUCCACUAUGCCGGCACAGUGGACUACAACAUUCUGGGCUGGUUGGAGAAGAACAAGGAUCCCCUUAAUGAGACAGUGGUGGGGCUCUACCAGAAGUCAUCUCUCAAGCUCCUGGCCAGUCUCUUCUCCAACUACGCCAGUACUGAUGCUGGCGGGGACAGCAGCAAGGGGAAGGGUGCUAAGAAGAAAGGCUCGUCCUUCCAGACUGUCUCAGCCCUUCACCGGGAAAAUCUCAACAAGCUGAUGGCCAACCUCAAGACCACUCACCCCCACUUUGUCCGGUGCCUCAUCCCCAAUGAGCGUAAAGCACCCGGUGUGAUGGACAACCCCUUGGUGAUGCACCAGCUCCGCUGCAAUGGGGUGCUUGAGGGCAUCCGCAUCUGCCGCAAGGGCUUCCCUAACCGUAUCCUCUAUGGGGACUUCCGCCAGCGCUAUCGCAUCCUGAAUCCUGCGGCCAUCCCGGAGGGGCAGUUCAUUGACAGCCGCAAGGGAGCUGAGAAGCUCCUGGGCUCCCUCGACAUUGAUCACAACCAGUACAAGUUCGGGCACACCAAGGUCUUCUUCAAGGCUGGACUGCUGGGCCACCUGGAGGAAAUGCGAGAUGAGCGCCUCUCCCGAAUCAUCACCCGUAUCCAGGCCCAAGCCCGAGGCCAGCUCAUGCGCAUCGAGUUCAAGAAGAUCCUGGAGCGCCGGGACGCACUGCUAGUGAUCCAGUGGAACAUUCGGGCCUUCAUGGGGGUAAAGAACUGGCCCUGGAUGAAGCUCUACUUCAAGAUCAAACCGCUGCUGAAAAGUGCUGAGACUGAGAAGGAGAUGCAGACAAUGAAGGAGGAGUUUGGACGCCUGAAGGAAGCCCUGGAGAAGUCAGAAACACGGCGGAAGGAGCUGGAGGAGAAAAUGGUCUCCAUGCUGCAGGAGAAAAACGACCUGCAGCUGCAAGUGCAGGCAGAGCAGGACAAUCUCAACGAUGCCGAGGAGCGUUGUGACCAACUGAUCAAGAACAAGAUCCAGCUGGAGGCCAAGGUGAAGGAGCUCACAGAACGCCUGGAGGAUGAGGAAGAGAUGAAUGCCGAGCUGACGGCCAAGAAGAGGAAGCUGGAGGAUGAGUGCUCAGAGCUCAAGAAGGACAUUGAUGACCUGGAGCUAACACUGGCCAAGGUGGAGAAGGAGAAGCACGCCACGGAGAACAAGGUGAAGAACCUCACAGAGGAGAUGGCUGGGCUGGACGAGAUCAUCGCCAAGCUCACGAAGGAGAAGAAGGCCCUGCAAGAGGCUCACCAGCAAGCACUGGACGACCUGCAGGUGGAAGAAGACAAGGUCAACACCUUGUCCAAGGCCAAAGUGAAGCUGGAGCAGCAGGCGGAUGACCUUGAAGGGUCCCUGGAGCAGGAGAAGAAGAUGCGGAUGGACCUGGAACGGGCCAAGCGCAAGCUGGAAGGUGACUUGAAGCUCACCCAGGAGAACAUCAUGGACCUGGAGAAUGACAAGCAGCAGCUGGAAGAGAAGCUCAAGAAGAAAGAUUUUGAGAUCAACCAGCAGAACAGCAAGAUUGAGGACGAACAAGCGCUGGCCUUGCAGCUCCAGAAGAAGCUUAAGGAGCUGCAGGCACGCAUCGAGGAGCUGGAGGAGGAGUUGGAGGCAGAACGCACAGGCAGGGCCAAAGUGGAGAAGCUGCGCUCAGAGCUCUCACGGGAGUUAGAAGAGAUCAGCGAGCGGCUGGAGGAGGCUGGUGGUGCCACCUCCGUGCAGAUGGAACUCAACAAGAAGCGGGAGGCUGAAUUCCAGAAGAUGCGUCGCGACCUGGAGGAGGCCACACUGCAGCAUGAGGCCACCGCGGCCGCUCUGCGCAAGAAGCAUGCAGACAGUGUGGCCGAGCUGGGCGAGCAGAUAGACAACCUGCAGCGUGUCAAGCAGAAGCUGGAGAAGGAAAAGAGUGAGCUCAAGCUGGAGCUGGACGACAUUGGCUCCGGGAUGGAACAGCUUGUUAAGGCCAAAGUGGGUAUGGAGAAGUUGUGCCGUACCCUGGAGGACCAGGUGUCUGAGCACCGGGCCAAGUUGGAGGAGAUGCAACGAACCCUCAACGACACCAGCACCCAGCGGGCCAAGCUCCAGACUGAGAAUGGAGAACUGUCCCGCCAGCUGGAGGAGAAGGAGGCCCUAAUUUCACAGCUCACACGGGGCAAGCAGUCCUACACUCAGCAGAUGGAGGACCUGAAACGGCAGUUGGAGGAAGAGGCCAAGGCGAAGAAUGCGUUAGCCCAUGCACUGCAAUCAGCCCGGCAUGACUGUGAUCUGCUGCGGGAGCAGUACGAGGAGGAGAUGGAGGCCAAAGCUGAGCUCCAGCGCUCCCUCUCCAAAGCCAACUCAGAGGUGGCCCAGUGGAGGACCAAGUAUGAAACAGAUGCCAUCCAGCGCACCGAGGAGCUGGAGGAGGCCAAGAAGAAGCUGGCACAGCGGCUGCAGGAGGCUGAGGAGGCAGUGGAGGCAGUGAAUGCCAAGUGCUCCUCAUUAGAGAAGACCAAGCACCGCCUACAGAGUGAGAUUGAGGACCUGAUGGUGGACCUCGAGCGCUCCAAUGCAGCUGCUGCUGCCCUGGACAAGAAGCAGAGGAACUUUGACAAGAUCCUGUCAGAGUGGAAGCAGAAGUUUGAGGAGUCACAGACAGAGCUGGAGGGCUCGCAGAAGGAGGCCCGUGCCCUUAGUACCGAGCUCUUCAAGCUCAAGAACGCCUAUGAGGAGGCUCUGGAGCACCUGGAGACCUUCAAGAGGGAGAACAAGAACCUCCAAGAGGAGAUCUCAGACCUGACAGAGCAGCUGGGUGCCAGCCACAAGACCAUCCACGAGCUGGAGAAGGUCCGGAAGCAGCUGGAUGCCGAGAAGUUGGACCUUCAAGCAGCUCUGGAGGAGGCUGAGGCCUCACUGGAACAUGAGGAGGGGAAGAUCCUGCGGGCCCAGCUGGAGUUCAACCAGGUCAAGGCAGACUACGAGCGCAAGUUGGCUGAGAAGGACGAGGAGAUGGAGCAGGCCAAGAGGAACCACCUGCGGGUGGUGGAUUCACUGCAGACCUCCCUGGACGCUGAGACGCGCAGCCGGAAUGAAGCACUGCGGCUCAAGAAGAAGAUGGAGGGUGACCUCAAUGAGAUGGAGAUCCAGCUGAGCCAUGCCAACCGCCUGGCUGCUGAGGCUCAGAAGCAAGUGAAGAUCUUGCAGGGUAACCUCAAGGACACCCAGCUGCAGCUGGACGACAUAGUGAGGGCCAAUGAGGACCUGAAGGAGAACAUUGCCAUCGUGGAGAGGCGGAACAACCUGCUGCAGGCAGAGCUGGAGGAACUGCGGGCUGUGGUGGAGCAGACGGAACGAGCCCGCAAAUUGGCUGAACAGGAGCUCAUUGAGGCCAGCGAGCGCGUCCAGCUCCUCCACUCACAGAACACCAGCCUCAUCAACCAGAAGAAGAAGAUGGAGGCAGACAUUGCCCAGCUGCAGACAGAGGUGGAGGAGGCUGUGCAGGAGUGCCACAAUGCUGAGGAGAAGGCCAAGAAGGCCAUCACUGAUGCAGCCAUGAUGGCAGAGGAGCUGAAGAAGGAGCAGGACACAAGUGCCCACCUGGAACGCAUGAAGAAGAACAUGGAGCAGACCAUUAAGGACCUGCAACUGCGACUGGAUGAGGCCGAGCAGCUGGCCCUCAAAGGUGGCAAGAAGCAACUGCAGAAGUUGGAGGCCCGUGUGCGGGAGCUGGAAAAUGAGCUUGAGGCUGAGCAGAAGCGCAAUGCUGAGAGCAUCAAAGGCCUGCGCAAGUCAGAGCGGCGUGUCAAGGAGCUCAGCUACCAGGCGGAGGAGGACCGCAAGAACCUGCUACGACUGCAGGACCUAGUGGACAAGCUGCAACUGAAGGUCAAGGCCUACAAGCGGCAGGCAGAGGAGGCGGAGGCACAGGCCGCUGCCAACCUAGCCAAGCUGCGCAAGGCGCAGCACGAGCUGGACGAGGCAGCGGAGCGCGCCGACAUGGCCGAAGCGCAGGCCAACAAGCUGCGUGCCCGGAGCCGCCAUGCUGGCCCGCAGAAAGACCUCGGCGAGGAGUGA